AUGGUAGUGAGCCUGGGAGCUCUGGUGGACAACUCAGAGGAGCCAGUGUAUGAGAGCUUGGAGGAGUUCCAUGUGUUUGUGCUGGCCCACGUGCUGCGCAGGCCAAUUGUUGUCGUAGCUGACAGUAUGCUCCGAGACUCAGGAGGAGAAGCAUUUGCCCCCAUUCCUUUUAGAGGGCUGUACCUACCCCUGGAGGUGCCCUCCAACCGCUAUGAUCAGGCACACUUCUCUGCCCUGGUCUCCAUGGAACAGAGGGAUCAGGAGCACGAGCAAGCUGUCAUCCCACUGACUGACUCAGAGCACAGACUCUUGGCGCUUCACUUUGCUGUGGACCCGGGGAGGGACUGGGAUUGGGGGAGGGACGACAACGACAACACCAAGCUAGCCAAGUAAAUAUUGAGUCUAAAGUUAAGAGUCAUGGAUUGAGAGCGUGUGUGUGUGUAAACGUGUGUGUGUUUCCUGCAGGCUCCCCUGGCUCAACCGGAGUCCCCCACAGCCUCUGCAGGUGAAGACGUCCCGUCUCUAGCUGAGUCCAUAGACUCAGACCAUGAGUCUGUGGGCAGCAACUCCAACGUCAACAGUGGUAAGCCAGGCAAGGACAAGGACAAGCAACGCAAGGACAAGGACAAGAACAGGGCUGACUCAGUGGCCAAUAAGCUGGGCAGCUUCAGCAAAACCAUUGGGAUCAAACUGUAGAAGAACUUGGGUGAUCUAGGAGCUUUGGUCCAUGGAAAGAUAAACAAGUCUGUUUACACUGUUUCGGGGCGCAGCGCAGAGAACGGAGAAAAAGUGAAAAAGAAAGAAUCUAAGACCAUCAAGGGGAGUAAGGAGGAGGCAGGCCAGUCUGCCAGCUCCACAUCGUCUGAAAAGGCCACAAGCCCCUCCCCCACAGACAGAGACAGGCCUUCUGGCUCGUCCCCUGCCGAGAGGCAGGAGGGCACAGGGAGAAGCUCAGGAGAAAAGAGCCUGGACAACUGGAAGUAUAGCACUGACGUCAAGCUCAGCCUAAACAUCCUGCGAGUUGCCAUGCAGGGCGAACGCAAGUUAAUCUUCGGGGGCCUGCUGUUGACCAGUCACCGGCACCAGUUCCACGAGGAGAUGAUCAGCUUCUACCUGAGCAAUGCCCAGGGAAGGAAGGAGGGGGAGAAGCCUCCUUCCAACAGGGUGUCACUGAGGAAGCCCUAACAGGAGAGUAUCUUCAAGAGGGAGAGAUAUGACAGCUCCCCCCCAGACAGCUGCUCUGCCCUCCACCCCUGUCACCAAAGUGACAACCCCCACACCCAGCUUCCCCUCAAAGCACAAGGUAGGAACAUCCCCACCCCUGCUGCAGCCCCUCCAGUCCCUACCUCUCUUCCCCCACUCACCCCACCUCCAGCCCUACCCUCAGACUCACACCCCUCUCAAGCUCCAAUCCCCACCCCUUACUCCUAACCUAGUAAUGGUGCUAAGAGGGCUGGGCCUGCCCCUGUGUCCGCCCACUACAGCCAUACCCCACCCAUCCAGAGACACAGCAUUGUACACCUACGGGAUGUCAGCGUGGAGUCCUCCAGCUUCCAGGGGGAGCCCUAGAGGCCCGUGGUGGGCACCAUAAAGACCUGCGCCACGUACCCCCAACAGAACCGAUCCCUGUCCUAUCAAAGCUACAGCCCAACAUGCUUGUCUGGCAUCCAUGAUGGAAAUGCAGGGGAGGCGCUCAUCUACAACAUGCCUGGGGAACACAAGUCUCACACCUACACCAAUGGCUUUGACGCAGGCGGCAUCGAGGACUGCCUGGAGUUCGCAGAUGAGGACCCGUCGGCACACACCUGGAUCAAUCAAGACCAGACCAAAGGGUGGAGCUCGGGGAUCCCCAUGUACUACUACCUGCAGAGACGCUGUAGGAGGGAGAACUGUUCCUUCUACGGUAGGCCAGAGACAGAGAACUACUGCUCCUGCUGCUACAAAGAGGAGCUUAAAUGCAGGGAAAGGGAGAGCAAGGUGUACAAGCCAGGAUAGCCUCUGCUUAGCCUACAUCAACUGCUCCAAGCUAAAGAAACUACGACAAUGCUCUCUGCACUCUA